UCGGUGGAGAGACAGUUCAGUGGCCCUCCUCCUUCGGCCGCGAGUCGCGCCUUUCCAAAGGCCAGCGGGCUCCUUGUCCUAUUUCUGACGUCACGCGAGCGCACAAGAGACUGCCUAACGGCGCAUGCGCGACUGUUCACCAACAUGGUGAACGUCCUGCAACUCUCACUCGCGACUCGGAGGAGGCAAGGCUACCUGCCUGUAGGUGACGAGUAGUGAGCGGUUAUCGCGUUGUUCGUGUACGGCCCGAAUAAAGGCCCGACGUAAAUUCUACGAUAAAAUUGCUUAAAAUCUUACGCGGGAAGUAAUUAUCAUUUUUCUUUUCUCAUUUCUUCUUCAUCCUUCUUAUCCUCCUUCUCCUCGUUAUCAUCAUUAUCAUUAUCAUCUUCAUUUUCUUCUUUUCCUUCUUCUUCCUUUCCUAAUUUCCCUUUCCAUUGACAACUUUUUUCUAUCAUUUUUAUUAGUCCUCUUUUUCUUUUUUCUUCAUUAUCUUCACUUCAAUCCUUUCUAUUCUUUAACUUCUUCUUCUCCCUCUUAUCCAUUUCCUCUCUCACUCUCACUCUUACUCGUCCUCGAUAUCCGUAUCCCCCCCUUUUUUUUUUUUUUUUUUUUCUUUUUUUUUUCCCCGAUGAUAGUGCCGAUUCUCGAUCACGCAGAACCUCAGGAAAUAUCAGCCUCAAAAGAGAUAUAUUCAUUGGCUUGUGCCAAAAUCCGUUGUUCUUCGUCGAUUAUGGAUAGGCAAGAAGCUCGACAAAGUGCUAAAAUCUUUGACACAUCCGAACCAUAUUGAAGGUGGAGGACGGCUAUACACUAUCGCCGUGUCAGAAAGAGUGCUGUCACUCGAAAGAUUGAGAAGACGUACACACAAUGGUAUCGAGAAGAAAAAUACUCUCUCGUUCGCGAGAUAAUCUCGUGGAGUCUCAAUACGAGGAACAAGAGGAGGAGGAUGUUUGGUAUAAUCUCGACAAAUUGUAUAAGGAUCAUAUACAAGAAGUUUUGGAUAAAUGGAAUCAAAUAGAUGAUGAAAUAUGGGCGAAAGUAAUUGUCUUUGAGAGAAAUAGACGCGUAGCGAAAGCGUAUGCUAGGGCACCGGUUCUCACGAUAAACGGCUCAAAUGAUGGCUUCGAUGGCUUCAGGAUAGGACUUUGCGGUUUUGAUAAUCCAAUGCGUGAUCCGAAGACGGAAGAAGCGAAACGUCAUAUAAAUCAAGGUGUUAAAAUUAAAAUGGACGAACAAGGAAAUAUUCUUAUUAAAAGGUUGUGUAAAAAUAAUGUUUACAUCAAACCAACCAAUCAGGAGGAUAAUGCUAUCGGGCCUGAAAUUAUACGUAAUUCACAGGGUGCCCUCGAACACGAGAAACCGGGAAAGUUGUUUGAUAUGAACAAAUUUCAAACAAACUUAUCUCGCGAGACUCGACGAGCUUAUCCCGAUAGACGAAGAUUGGAGAUGCAAUGUUUAAGUGCUAUUGUUUUCGUAAGAACGGAAGCAGAUCUCCUUCAAUGUCCAGUAUGGGUUCUGAUCGUGAACGUCGUCGGACUGGACAUGCUCAAGUCAAAACUGCCACCAGUUUUAGCCUUGCAAAGGCCUGUAGAUAUAAAAAAUCGUCCAAGGAUACCUAUUCCAGAUGAGGAUCCUUACAGCGUCGCUGGUGUAUCAUCCUCUGUUGGACCUAGCGAAAUAAUGCAAUCAGAGAGAGAUUCGCGAGAACAAAUCUACAUGCAAUCCACAAGUUACCAGCAACGACGAGCUGAGAGGCCACCUAAACUUCCACCCAGAGAAAAUCUUUAUGGUCAUGAUAUACCUAAGCCUGAUUACGAUGACAUCGAGGAUGAUUACUCGAGAACGAUAAAACCUGCCGGUAUGGCGAAUGAAGAAAAAAGGAGCAAGAACGAUGAUAGAAAAAAAUAUGACGAUCCAUAUUAUUGUGGAUUACGUGCACGCGUACCUAAUUUCGUGAAGAUGGCAAGAAAUGGACAAAGUAAAGGUAUUCCUCUUCGAGGACACAUCAGACCACAACCUGCACCAUCUUAUGCUGGCUCCGUAUAUGCAAGUAGUCAAUCGUCUCAGAUAUAUGGACAUCACGUUCCCGCAAAUCGACCACACAUCAUGUACCAUGCGAGAAGUUUUGAGAGUGGGCUCGACACGGAUAAUAGAAUCGAAUCGCCGUACAACCAUAUAUAUGGAAGAUUACCCAUCCCGACGAGAGGCGUGAUACCUCCUGCACCGCGUGCUAUGUACAUUGGAGAAUGGGAUUAAGUUUUAACAAGUAUCUCAACGUUUGUACCUAUAAACUUGUAUAUUGUUAAUAUACCACAUAAAUACUCAUAUUUUUAUGCUAUUGAAAUUGCAUCUAUUUACUUUGCGACUUCUCUUUCGCAAGAGAAGAUAGAUAUCUCAUCCUUUUUUUUUUUUUUUUUUUUUUUUUUUCCAUAAUCUAAUUCUAUAGCCUAGUUAGUGUACACCUAUAUCUAUGCAUUCAAGUAGAUACAUACAUAUAUGAUUAUCGGGAAAAUUGCACUUAAUACUCUGAUCUUACACUGAGAUAUAAGUUUUAUAUACAUUACUUACCGGGAAGAACGUUAACUUCCAAAUGUUUCGAAACAUUUUCAAUAAUCCUCGUUCAACGCGGUAAUGAUUUUAUAUCAGAACGAACGUAACAUUACUUCCUAUACAAUCUUUAAACGAUCAAAUAAUAAUUGUGUAACAAGGUGAAGGAAUGGGAAAGAAGGAAAUAAAACAACAUAUCCGUGUUCUAUUAUCGUCGAUCGAGUCCUCAGCAUGAUUGAUCUCAAACGAUAAUAAUAAUAAUUGACUUCCUUACGUCACCACUGCAAACUUUUCAUUGCCGUCUGAUAAGUAGGGCUAUUAGCUGAAUAAAAUUGUGAGUACCAUUUUCGAUAAGCGGCUAUGGUUUUAUCCUCUCUUACUAGGAUAGGUCGUGUUUCGAAUCUCUUGUGAUUCCAAAUAGCAACGUCCCUCUCGAACAUCAAACAUUCACCGAGAAAUAUGAUGUUGGCAUAAGGCGCCAAUAAUGGCGGAGAAAAUAUAAUGUGACAAACACGUUGUAACAAUGGUUCGAUCGGUGUCACAGUUUGUAAGAUGAACAUGUUGCCGAAUGUGGUCUCGAUGAAUAACUCGACGUAUCCUGGACCAAUCUGUUCGACCUUCACGUUCAGCUCAAGUAUAUCGAAUCGAUCGAGAAACAACAGACUGUGACGAAGAGUCAUACUAGCUCUAUGCUUUUCAGAAUUAUAAGAAUUCUGUUGUCCGUUUGAUAUCGUCGUUGUUGUCGUCAUCGUUGUUCUACCGUUCAACAUAUUCUUCGAAUCUCCGUUAAUCGUCGUCUUGCCUGUUGAUGUUCUCUUUGUUAAAUCAUCCUCCCACAUCGUCUCUUUUUCCGGAUUGUUUUUUUCCAUUGACGUUUUAGAUGAAUCAUCAUUGGAUUCGCUCGAAUGCGGUGUCCAUCUUGCGUUCGACCAUCUGUGACGAACGAAACGCAUCACGUCCUCCGAAAGAAACAAAGCUGGUCCAUGGACCGCGCUUAGAUGUGCCAGAUCGGCACCGUUCUCCGCUAUAUCCUGGAAUCGAUCGUUUCGUUACUUUUUUACUUUCCCCGAAAAAAAAAAUCGAAAUCGAAAUGUUUCUUCCUUUUUUCUUUUUCUUUUCUUUUCUUUUCUUUUCUUUUCUUUUUUUUUUCUUUUUUCCUUUCUUCUCGAUCUUAACUUAUGUAUGCCAACUAUCGAAAGUUUCGACAUUAUUUAUUCGUUUUUGAAAAUAAAAUUUAUUCGGAUUAUCUAACUAUCAUUUAAAUGAUAUUCGAAAUCAGGACAAUGUUUAAAAGUAACUUUCUCGAACCUGUAUAUGACAGUUAACGAUAAAUUCGUUUCGACCUUGAAAACGCCAAGUCCCAUUAGAAAUUUUCUCAUGGGUAUGUGGCUGCCAAUUUGGUUUAGCCGAUUCCGCAUGAUACCAAACGAAUAUUAUUUUAUUAACCUCACAGCUUUUCCAUGCUUUUGUUUUGGCAACAUUCGGCACUGUAACGAAGCCAACAAUUUUAUGUAUGCUAUAUGUGAUAAACGAAAAUUUUGAAAAGAAUAAAAAAAAAAAAAAAAAAAAAAAAAAGAAAAAAAAAAUAAAAUAGAAUGAAAAAAAUACUUUACCUUUAUCGGCAUAAGGUAUAUCCAAGCAACGACCAUCGUUACCACAAAAGAGCCACUUAUGGAAAGGACAUUCUAAGCAUUCUCCCUUCACGCGUCCACCCUCGCCCAUAUUUGCCCCUAAAUGUGGGCAAUAUGCAUCGAGAAUGUUGACAAUACCUUUCUCGGUCCUUCGUAUGCACACGACUUAACAUUAUUACUAUCGUCAUCAUUUUUGAAUUAUUUAAAUUAAUUAUUACUUAAUUAUUUUUAAUAAAACGAUGUCUAUACCUCUA